CCGUAGGUGUUGCAGGACCCGGGUUGUGGGGCUCUCGGGAUCUUCGCCUCUGGGCUGCUGUCGGACGAUUUCUUCUUUCUCCACGAAGAAAAAUGGUAUCUGUUGCAGUUGAUCCACAGCCGAGUGUGGUGACCAGGGUCGCCAGUCUACCCUUGGUAAGCUCCACGUGUGACCUCGUCUCCUCGGCGUAUGUCACCACAAAGGAUCAGCAUCCUUACUUGAAGUCUGUGUGUGAAAUUGCGGAGAAGGGUGUGAAGACCAUCACAUCGGUGGCUGUGAUGAGCGCUCUGCCCAUCAUCCAGAAGCUAGAGCCACAAAUUGCUGUUGCCAAUACUUAUGCCUGUAUGGGGCUGGACAGGAUUGAGGAGAAACUGCCUAUUCUGAAUCAGCCAACAAAUCAGGUUGUUGCCAAUGCCAAAGGUGCUGUGACUGGGGCCAAGGAUUCUGUGGCCAAUACCAUCACGGGGGUGAUGGACAGGACCAAAGGAGCAGUGACUGGCAGUGUGGAGAAAACCAAGUCUGUGGUCAAUGGCAGCAUUAACACAGUCAUGGGGAGUCGGAUGAUGCAGCUGGUGAGCAGUGGAGUAGAAAAUGCGCUCACCACAUCAGAACUGCUGGUAGACCAGUACCUCCCUCUCACUGAGGAAGAACUAGAAAAAGAAGCAAAAAAAGUUGAAGGAUUUGAUACCGUUCAGAAGCCAAGUUAUUAUAUUAGGCUGGGAUCUUUGUCUACCAAGCUCCGCUCACGUGCCUACCAGCAGGCUCUUAGCAGGGUGAAAGAAACUAAGCAAAAGAGCCAAGAGACCAUUUCUCAGCUCCAUUCCACUGUUAACCUGAUUGAAUUUGCCAGGGAGAAUGUGCAUAGUGCCAACCAGAAAAUUCAGGGUGCUCAGGACAAGCUCUACCUGUCCUGGUUGGAGUGGAAGAGAAGCAUUGGCUAUGAUGACACCGAUGAAUCCCACUGCGCUGAGCAUAUUGAGUCACGUACUCUUGCUAUUGCCCGAAACCUGACUCAGCAGCUGCAGACCACGUGCUCCACUCUCCGGUCUAACAUCCAAGGGUUACCGCAAAACAUCCAAGAUCAGGCCAGUCACUUGGGGUUGAUGGCUGGAGACAUCUACUCAGUGUUCCGCAAUGCUGCUUCCUUUAAAGAAGUGUCUGAUGGCUUCCUCACAUCUAGCAAGGGACAGCUGCAGAAAAUGAAAGAGUCUUUAGAUGAUGUGAUGGAUUAUCUUGUUAACAACACACCCCUCAACUGGCUGGUAGGUCCCUUUUAUCCUCAGAUAACCGAGUCUCAGAAAACUCAGGACUGAGGUGCAGAGAAGGACACAACCAGCCAGGAGGCCCAGCAGCCUGAGCACAAAACACAUUAAUCCUGUCCCUAUCACUAGUGCAUGGUGCAGCCAGCCAGAUGACACCUUUUGUUAUAUUGAAAAUAACCUGCUAGACAACUCUGAACUGGGGGAAACAGCUAGCUAGAAAAAGAUCCCUUCAUUACAGUCAUUUCCAACUGGAUUAAGAUCUUUAGAGUUUCUGGCAUUAGCAGAUAAGUUAUUUUGCUUACGUGGCUGGUAAGAAAAUAAUGAUAAACUGGUCAGGGGUCACCAAAAAUCACAUUGCAUUUAUGGUCUCUUUCUGCUGCCACUGUUGCUGUUUGUUUGCAUUGAAUAAAAACACCUUCAUGUCGGCUGUCAUGUGAACUGGAUCUGCUCCAGUUUGGUCUGAGCAGGCCUCAUCACUGGUUUGUCACACAAUGCAUGUUUAUACAACUUCAGGGGUUUUUGUUAUGUUUUCAUAAAGGAACACACCCUGUGAGUUCAAUAAAAUUCACUACAGAA